AUGAAGCUCUCUAUUUCUCUGGUUCUUACUGCCAUUCUCGGUCUCGCAGCUGCCGCUCCUCAACGCGGUGGGAGCAGAGAACAACAAAGAGCCGACCGCAAAGCCCUUCAAGACCUUGCUGGCACAGAUGUUGAUCCCAAUCUCCCGAACGGAACAAGACUUCUCGACAAUGGCCAGGGGCAGUGUGUGGCAGUUUCUGGAAAGGCUGUCUGCUCUGAUGCUUCAGGAGCUACCUUGUAA